AUGGCCAUGAAGGAGCGUUCCAUUCCCAUUGCCCAAACCAUAACGGCGGUCUUCGCUGUUGCCGAGCUGGGACUUACAGCAUACCUAAUCAGCGGCGACUGGAACGCGCCAGCCAGGCUAAGACUCCUGCACUUCGCGUCCAUCUGGUCGUUGUUCGUGCUCGCCUUUCUCGCUCUGGCGCCCCGCUACCUGCCGGGCCUCUUCCACCGCAUCCCGAUGGCCGCGCUGGCCCUCGAGUGCAUCACCGCGAUCUUCUGGCUGGGCGGCUCCAUCGCGCUGGCCGCGUACUGGGGGAUCCCGAGCUGCAGCGGUAACUCGUAUUGCGGCUCCUCCCAGGCGGCAAUCGCCUUUGGGUUCUUCCUCUUCGCGCUGUUCUGCUUUCUCCUCGUUGCCGAUGGCCUUGGAUUUGUGAGGGGCAACGGGCAGCGCGCGGCUAAUGGGCAUCACGCUUCCAAGCCUCCGACCCAGCUCGGCGUAUAG